GUUGUAGCAGCGGCAACCGGCGCCAGUAUGGAACACAUCGGUGGCGGUGAACCGGAGCAUUCAGGACGCGGAUUUCGGCACCGUAAAACCCGGCUCGAUCCGAUGUGCUGCCCGAUCUGUGGCAUCACGUUGCGCUCGCAGGAGAUCGAUCAUCACUUUGCAGUGGAGGUUGAUCGGUUGGAGCGCAUUUUGAAACCGAAGAAGAACCUGCCGUAUGCAGGCGGUUGUGAUGAUGGAAGCAGUGCCGGACCGAGCACCAGCAACGGAGACGGGCGGCGGCACAAUCACAGUCCAUCUGAGCCAGGGUCAUCGUCAUCUGCGUUGUCCCGUUCGAACGGACACUGUGGUGAGGAGCGAGCGAGCGUGGGACCGGACGAAUGCUGGGGAACUUAUCAAAAGAUCAAAAACAACCGGCAGGCUCGGUUGAAGCUUAAGUCCAGAAAGCGAAAACCGGAAGAUAAUGUCUGCCCGGUCUGCAAUAAAGUGACGCUGGAAGAUAUCGCCGUGCACGUGGAGAGUUGUCUACGGAAAUCGGAAAGCCAGCGAAACGGUAGCGACAUCGACGAUGAAGACGACGAUGACGAUGCCAGCAUCGACGUGGAGGAAGUGUCGUUCGAAACAUACGAAUGGGCGGGCCAGAAACGAAUCCGCUCGACGAGCCUGCUCGGGGCGGGAACCUUGGCCAGUGUGGCUGUGCGUGUAACAAACGCCGACGACACGGACGACGAGCUGAAUGUCGACGGUGACGAAAGUCAGGUUUACGGCCCACCACAGUACUGUGAACGAGAUGUGAUCGUAUCAUCGGACGGUACGGCAUCCGGAGCGCUCCGUGAAUUGGUGAUUGCCAAUGAACCGCACACCGUCAAGCCACCCGAUAGUCCGGGCGAGGGCACUAGUAAAGCGACGGGUGUGACUUCUGUUAGUUACGCGAAGGUGGAUGACGGAGGCAUCGGAGUAGGUGAUAUGGCCGGAUCCGUGCCAGUUUUGUCGAAUAGCUCGGACCGUGCGAUCGUCGAAUCGUUGAAGGCGAAAGUACGCGAGUACGAAGGGUACAUCCGCAACCGGCCAAAGUGUUUGAUUUGUAUGGACGACUUCCGGAAGCCCGUCGUGUCUGUAUGCUGCUGGCACGUGUACUGCGAGGAGUGCUGGCUGCACACGCUCGGCGCGAGAAAACUGUGUCCACAGUGUAGCAUGAUCACAUCGCCGACAGAUUUGCGUCGGAUUUAUCUCUAAUUUCGUAGUUCCUCGCUACAUCUUGGCCGCUCUUCAGCACGAAAGUGGAGCGAGCUAUUCAAGAAAGAAACGACAAUAAGCCAAUGCGCCCCCAAUAGUACCAACAGCUAGCAACUGACCUUAGCCUAGCGGUGUAAAACUAGUGUUUAUAGACGAUGAAAUUAAUAAGUGAUUUUUAACAACCAUUAACGAUCCUCCGAUGGCAGGAACACAGUCGAUCCAGGCACAUGAUCGCACGCUGCGCAUUGCGUAUCAUCGAAUUAACCGAGCAUUCCGUUCCGUACUAAAGAGUUUUUCUUUCCAUACCGCCCGAAGCGGAAUGCGGCAUACUUCCCGAACUAAUGGCGACUUUUCUCUUGGGUAGUGGUUUCUUUUGUCUUCAAUAACCCUACGCACUCGAACGACUGAAUAAAGAAUACACGAGUUUACGUUAAGUAGUAGC